UAUAUAGUUUCCUUCCCAGCAGUUCAAUCAAAGUUUCUUGGGUUGACUACAAGUAAACUAAACAACGCGUCAUUGCAGAUUAGUGAAUAUAUCAGCCUUAUGAAGUGGAGGUGUGCCCUUUUUGAGUGCUGCUUUGCGUGCACUACUUCUGAUGGAUCGACCGAGUUUGAUAUUAAGUCACAGUUACCAAACUUGGGUUAUACUGCACUUGCCAGUGCCUGUCAUCAUUUUCAUCCAUCCAAGAAUCUUGGAACUAGAGCAUAUCGCAAGGUGUAUCAUGGUAUACUAGAAGAUUUUCGUGAAGUUGCAAUCCAACGCUUAUCGGCAAGUGAAUUCCAAUUCAUUGAAAAGCAUGUAGAAGGCUGCAGAAGCAGAAUCUUAAGUCUUUUGCCGCAUAAAAAUGUGGUGUCUGUGUAUGGGUACAGUUCUAACGGGAAAGAAUUCCUGCUAGCACAUGAGUACGUUCCAAAUGGUGCUCUUCAUAAUCAUCUUCAUGGCCAAGGAUCAAAGCGUCUCACGUUGCCAUGGGAUACCCGAUUGGAUAUUGCUAUUGAUGUUGCCAAUGCAUUGGCAUAUCUUCACUCUAAUGGCAUCCUCCACAGCCAGGUAACAUCCCACAAUAUUCUUCUGGACGAAAACUUAGGUGCAAAAGUUAAGAACUGUCUUGGAUCAUGGCAACUUGCCAGAGGCCCUUCUGGUUUUGUUUCACAUAAAGUCGAUACAAUCCAUGGGAGAAUUGGUUAUCUGGAUCCAGCAUUACUACCCAUGGUAGAAUUUUGUCUUAACUUCAAGAAUGACGUAUAUAGUUUUGGGGUGGUGUUGUGUGAGCUUUUAUCAUCCAAGCCCUCGUACAAGAAGAGCGAAAACUUGCUAAACAUGGAGCUUGCUACUUUCAUAAUCAGUAGAAUUGAAAACAAUGCGCUGGAGGAGAUAUUGGAUCCAAGCCUUGGGUUUGAAUCAGACCCUGCUGUAAAGCAGAUGCUAACUUCUGUGGCAGUGCUAGCAUAUCAGUGCUUGAUUUAUGAUGUGUCUCUAAGGCCAUCCAUGGCACAGGUGCUUGAGGGUUUGAAGGGCAUCAGAGAACAGAGAAGGGACUUAAAUUUGACUGCAGAUUUCAAGUUCGAAACUCUGACAUUGGCGUUUUUCUGGGAUUACAUGAAGUCACAAUUCCAAAUCUUUUCUUAUGAUGUGCUUGCAAAAGCAACUAACCAUUUUGAGAAUUAUGUUGGGAAAGGAGGCUUUGGGACUGUUUACUAUGGGAAGCUCCCACAAGGAUAUGAGGUAGCAAUCAAACGUUUCCAUGAAAAGAAGGAGAAGACAAGAAAGCAAUUCACGACAGAAGUUGAGAUCCUAAGUCUGAUGCGCCAUCAGAAUCUGGUCUCGCUGUAUGGCCGCAGUUCUGAUGACAGUGAUGAACUCCUGUUAGUUUACGAGUAUGUCUCCAACGGUUCUCUAUCGACCUAUCUCCAUAGAAAUUCUGGAAACAAACUACCAUGGGCUACCAGAUUAAAUAUUGCCAUUGAGACUGCUUCUGCACUAGCCUAUCUUCACCAUUCUGGUAUAAUUCACCGCGAUGUCAAACCCAGCAACAUUCUCUUGGACAAGAAUCUAAGUGCCAAAGUUGCAGAUUUCGGCCUGGCGCGGUUUCUUCCACUUGGGGAUCUUGAUUUUGUUACUCAUGUUUCUACUGCUCCAGUAGGAACCCCUGCUUAUAUAGAUCCUGAGUACUUUGAAUUCAAUAAGGUGAGUGAUAAAAGCGACGUAUAUAGCUAUGGCAUGGUUUUGUUUCAGCUCAUAUCAUCCAUGCCUUCCACUGUAAGUCAGGGGCCGCAGCUUUUUACUUUGGCUAACUUUGCAAUGGGAAAGAUCUUGAACAAUGAGUUGGAAGAGCUUGUGGAUCCAAGUCUUGGUUUCCACUCGGACAAUAGUGUUAUGGAAACUAUAACUGCAGUGGCAGAGUUGGCAUUUCAGUGUGUGCAGCAUCCUAAAGAAUUCAGGCCAUCAAUGAAGCAGGUCUUAGAGACUUUGGAGGGCAUAAAGCAAGGCUCUUGGGGGUUCAACCAGAUAACAUAAACAUACUGUCUUAUUAAUUCAGGAGAACUAUCUUGGUUUAUCAAGCAUAGAAAUUUAAUGUCUUUAUCCAAUUCUUAGGAAUAUGAACUAUUAGUUUGAUUAUGAAUUGUAAGACCUUUUUUUAUGAGCUUUAAUUGGAAGUCAUAGAAAACAGAUGGUUAAUUCUAAUUUCUCGCUUGCUUGCUAUCCACUGACAAGAGUAAUUCCAGAGGGUAGGAGACUCUCGUUUUGUAUAAGAGUAAAAAAUUUCUUCAAUUCAAUUUUGAGAGACCAA